ACACAGUUGGUGGUGACGAGUAUUAUGAAAAUGGCCUCGACCCUGCGCGGAACCACGAUUAACCGGAGAAGAUGACGACGUUGAUCUUUUUAAGUCAGUUAAACAUCAAAGUGUCUUCUUUGAACACGUAGACAAUAGUGAAGUAAACAAAAACAAAGAGACAGUCGGCAGAACAACGACAAAAAAUACCACCGACCACCACAUAUUUGCGUAGGGCUGAGGAGCCGCUAUGGAGGAUAUCAACUCCAACAUCAACGCGGACUUGGAGGUGCGUAAGCUCCAGGACUUGGUGAAGAAACUCGAACAGCAAAAUGAACAGCUUCGGAGUCGGUCUACGAUGUUGUCCUCGUCUGGAGCGAUGUCAGGGAACCACAGACCCCUCAGCGAGGGAUACGACCCGUCGUCGCUUACAGCGGGGAUGUCAGCCGGUCUGGCCGGCUUCACUGGGGUGGGGUUCGUCGGAACGGGCGGCUACGGUGGGCUGCUAGGGAAUACCCGCGGUUUGAGCCCCAGACUGUCUUACGACGGUAUCAGUUUCAGGAGGCCGUAUGAAUAUGAGGGGGCAUCGGCUGCCGCCUCAGUGUCGAGUAUGAACUCACUUUAUUCAGACAGCAUCGGGGGUUUUACAGACGAAGGGGAAACAUCAAUCCUAGAUGAAGUGGAAAUCUUAGAUCUCGAAGACAUGGAUUGUCUAAACGAAGACGAGGACAGCUGGCUAUAUGAGGCGAAGCUGAACAGUCCCCUGCAGAAAGCCUUGAGUCCUAUUGUGUGGUGCCGCCAAGCUCUUGACAACCCCAGUCCUGAGAUGGAAUCAGCCAAGCGCUCCCUCAUCCACAGACUGGACCUCACCAUGUCAGCCAACAAGCGCAGGAGCCUGUAUGGAAGCCCCUACAACCAGCAGGGUUAUGGAAGCCCGUAUAGCACAAACGCAGCCAACAGCCCUUACAGCAGUGGCUUCAACUCCCCCUCCUCAACCCCCAGCAAAAUGCCUACUGUCAGACAGCAGCUAAUGCUUGGGAAUGCAGCACACCAGCGAAACACAGCGGCAGAGAGGAAUCCUCCGGCGGUGAGCCCGCAGUCAUCAGUGGACAGCGAGCUGAGCACCUCAGAAAUGGACGAGGACUCAGUGGGCUCCUCAAAUACCUACAAACUCAAUGAUGUCACGGAUGUCCAGAUACUGGCACGCAUGCAGGAAGAGAGUUUGAGACAAGAUUACGCCGCAACAGCAUCCAGGCGGAGCUCAGGUUCGUCCUGCCACUCGCUGCGGCGCAGCACCUUCAGCGACCAGGAGUUAGAUGCACACAGUCUGGAGGACGAGGAGGAGGCGGUGCACCCGGCCUUCCACCUGCCCUCCAGCCGCUUCAGCCCCUCCCCUCGACACUCUCCCCGCGCCUCCCCCAGGAAUUCUCCCCGCUCUCGCUCCCCCGCCCGCUCGAUUGACUACAGCCACAGCCGCGGCUCGCCUCAGCCCAUCAUCAGCCGCCUGCAGCAGCCUCGCCACUCGCUGCAGGGCCACGGGCACGACCUGCAGACCAACGUGGUGAAGAACGAAGAAAAGCUGCGUCGUAGUCUUCCCAACCUCACGCGCUCCUCAGCGGCGACGGCCCAGGGUCCAGAGCCCGUCAAGAACAGCCGCAGCUGCGAGUCCAACCUGCAAGUGCAGAAUGGAGGCUCUCCUCGACACCAGAGCCAGUCUGCCACAGCAGAUCAACUCACGAGAUACUCGGCCCCUUCUCGGUCCUCCCCGAAACCCAAACAGCACCUCCAAAGCCCAACUGCCCUGCGAGUCCCACUCUCCUGUUGCUUUGGAGAAGAAGGUGAUUUCAUCCCCUCUCCCAGUAAGUUGAGAACUCCAGUCACCCCGUCCCCACUGGCCUUGAGGCAACCGGUAAAGGCCACAUCCAACCCCGGCUCUGCCACCUCCACCCCCACCCGCUCCCUGGCUUCUCCCCGCAGCGGCCUGCCCCGACCCAGUGCUUCUGCAGGAGGGGGGAUCCCUCUGCCUCGCAGCAAAUUGGCCCAACCUGUGCGCAGAUCUCUUCCCGCUCCUCGGACAUACAGCGGCACAGGUGACAACUGGAGAGAAGGUUGUUACUGAAAUGGGCCAGCAGGGGGCUCUCCAAUCAAACUAUCAACACAAGGAGGCAGACAUUACAACAUGGCACUUUAUCUACCUAGAUACCUUUUACAGUGAAGAGUCCCUCUGUCAAAAACGAAUAUAGGAGUCAGGAUUUAAAAUAAGGAGAGGACAGUGUCCACAUCGCGUCAUGUUCUCUGUGGGCUCUGGCUCUGGAGGGGUCAGGCAUGUAGUGCAGACAGCCCAGAAAAUGCCAAAGAAACCAGGCCGACUCCAGCUCUGCCAGCAGAGGACACAUCAUCUGCCUUGGUUUGACUGCAGUCAUCUGUCAGACAAUCCAUAUCACUUCAUUGGCCAGCUUACUCCCCCCACACUCCUCUUCUUUGUUCUUCUUUCCCAUCCCUCAGGUUGAAAUGUUUCCACGCAUUUCUCUCUUUAUGCUCUGUGUUUAACAGACGUCUGAGCGAUCUCUAUGAUGAUGCCGUGCAGGUGAAAUGUCCCGUAAUGUUAGAGAAUUGUUGAUUGUCUUGCAACAAUGAAAGCACCUCUGUGUGGGUAUGACAUUUAAUCUUUCCUCUUGUGAAAUCAGCCAGAAUGUAUGCACAAGUUUGUUUUGGAAAAUAUUUAUUCAAAUUAUUUAAGAAAUGUAUGUCCAAACAUCCAUAUCAGUAUUUUUGUUUUAAGAUUUUAAUUAGUUAAAAAUGUACAUUUUAAACCUCAACUGCAAGCUACGUCUCCAAAGCCUUUUAUUGUUUGAGUGUCAAAUCAGGACUUGGGAAGAACCUGGGCGAUUGACGACACAUCGGCUAAAGCCUCAGCUCUGACCUGUACCACACAGUUUGCCAAAAUGAUACGUUUCCAUUACAGUGCUGAGAUUGUUCAGUUUACGAACAGCUUGAUAUAAGGUCGGAGUUAUAUCUGAAACUACAAAGCCUGAGCUCAAAAACAAAUGUCCCCGUUCACCCACCCCAGCCAAUUAUACCAAGAAAACUUGGAUGUGGUCCAUUAAAUUCCCAUAACAGAUUUCUGUCAUUGUAAAUCAUUCAUGCAAUGAAAAACAUCAAAUAAGAUGACAAAUACGUUUUGCUGGCUUUUACCUCUUGUGCUAUAGAAAUGAAUGGAAAGGUGUGCCAGUGUUUGGUCAUUGGUGUGGUGGGUGUUAUGAAACUAGUGCCUAUAAUUUAAACUUUCACUUGAGUUUGAACAUCAUGUUUUGUUUGUUUAUCAUUUUGUGCCAAUUUCUGGGUUUCCCAAUAUUAGCAUUUCUGCUUGAUUGAUUUGCUUGCCUGUUUGUAUUAUUUUUGUAAUUUAAUGAAUACAUUUAUAAUUGCUUUAAAAAAAAAAAUGCGCCUUCAUAUUUAUAACCAAUUACUCAUUCUGUAAAUGAAACUAUUUAUUAAAGAGAGGUGCCUAUGUUAAAGCUCAGAUUAAGUGAGAAGCUCGAACAAAUGUUCAAGAAGACAUACCACACCUUUUGUGUGAAGGUUUUUGUUAUUGAACUUUUUUUUAUAUAUCCACAAACAUGACAUUCAGUUUCCCUGUGUAAAGUCACAUUUCAAAUUAAAGCUGAAAAGUUGUUC